UGCACAAAUGUCAAUCAAAAACAAAAACUCCGCGAGCAGUGAAAAUUUGUUUCUAAUAAUUUCGAUUUUGUUUUAUUGAAAAUAUACAAAAUUAUAAACGGAGAAAAUUGUUUAAAGUGCUUAAAUUGUUGAGAAGACGUGUGUGGAAACGGUUGAAGUGAAGAUAUAUGGCAAAAAUGGGAAAGCUGACACCUGAAGAAGAAGCACGUGCCAAAAUGCUCCUGCGAGAACGUGACCGGGAACGAAAACGAAUAAAACGAAUGGAUCCCGAAUAUCGUAAGUUGGAGCAAGAACGUGAUCGUGACCGCAAAAAACAGCGCAGAUCUAAUGAAGCUUUUCGUCAAAUGGAGAAACUGCGUGAUAAAAUACGUAAGGAACGUAAAAAGGGUAUUAUUGUUACAGAUGAGACAAUGCAAACAGCUGCAGCAGAAUUUGCUGCUGCUGUGCCUCAAGUCUCAGUUGAACCAGAAAUUGUGAUUGCCGAUCCACUGCCACUACAGGACAAUAAUCAUAAUAGAACAACCGCCACUACAACUGCUAGCAACUGUACAUCCACGAAUAUUAUCUCUCAGGCGAAUAAUACUAACAAUGGUCCAUCUAAUGUUACUAACACCAAUACAAGCAAUAAUUGUAAUAUUAGUACAGCUGUUAUUAUAGCGUCUUCAACUGCAACAACAACAGUAACAAAUGUUGCACCUGCAACUAUUGUAAAUACAAUUACUCCACCGCACAUGCCACAAUUAAAUAAGGGUCUCUUAUAUCCACCACCAACAUUUCCUCAUCAUCCAUUGCCUAUUGCCGGUGUUACUUUAAUGCCGCAAUUAUGCCACCCUAUUUUACAUCAAAACUUAAGUGCAACAUUGUAUCCACCUAAUGGUAUAAAACAAGAAAUAUUUAGCAAUCAUGACACAUCAACUUCAUCAGCAACAAUUACUACAAUAGCAGGCAGUACUGGCCACCAAUUGCCCGGCAGUGGUAAUGGUAAUAGUAAAAAUAUUGGAACUAACAAUAGUGGUAGUGCUACCGGUGCAAGUAGCAAUGAAGAGCAUGAGAUUCCAUUGAUUGAACCCGAAAUCAUAUUACAAACGGAUUUCCAUAAUCACGCACAUGCUGCCCAUCAUAUCCACCAGCAGCAGUGCAGUAUGUUCCAGCAUAUGACAGCUCCUCAUAUGCUGGAACACACUGCCCAUAUGCGUGCGCAUGCGGCCCUAUCACAGCCGCUCACGCCACAGCAACAACAACAACAGAUGCCACAUUAUGCUGCAAAAAUUUCUUAAUGACUGAUAGUGUUAAAUCUUCCCCUUAACGUUCU